UAGGCUGCCGUGUGUCAUGUGACCCUCUCGGAUUGACGCAUGCGUUGUAGCGCUGUUAUUUUGGGCGAGGCCAGUGCGUCAACGACUUGUAGAGAAAUUCUGUGACUUUGGAGGCAUUUCUAGCCACAAAUCGCAAAAAUGAGCGUGGAUAAACCUCUUUUCGCGACUACGGUCGACGACGAGGACCGCAAGGCCGUUGUGAAACAAGAGUUUAAAUUGUUUAUUAAGGCAUCACAAAUUGACAAAGAAACCCGUGGGUCCUGCCCAAUAUGUGAGCACUGGUUCAUGAUAGCAUACCUUAUAGCCCAGAAACAACCUGGGGUGAACUUUUCAGUUUUCACCGUGCAGGAAAAUAGCCCUCCUAAAGAAUUUGAGGGCUGGAGCAAGAAGUUCCCAGUGGUACUGUCAGUCAACUGCACAGACAAGAAGGGCCAAGACAUUAGUGGGUGCAUGUACGACAACUUCGAAGAGUUGGAAACCUUCUUCGAGAAUAUCAACCGCGAGUGCCCUGAGUUGAAGAGGCAUAACAAGGAGAAUGGCGAUGCCAUGUCCCGAGUAGAUACCCUUUAUGCUACUCUCAAUGGAUUCCUGACAGGCCAACCAGAGACCAAAUUGACGAAAGCUCUGAGAGCUUUAAAUGAAGACUUAGACAACGGCAAGAAGUUCUUUAUAGACGACAUGCUGUGCUAUGUUGAUUGCCACUUACUGCCUAGGUUACAACAUAUCAAGGUGGCAACCAAGAGAUAUGCCGACUACAAUAUCCCCAAAGAAUUCAAAGCAAUUUGGAAGUUCUUGGCACAUGCAUACCAGCAGCCCGCAUUCGUAGCUACCAUGCCAAGAGACCAGGAUAUCAUCUUUCAUUAUAAGAAGAAGGUGACUGCAUUUCCACAAGUGAAAAAUUCAACAAUAGAAAAGUUCUCUUAUGACAUGUAUGUACCUGAAGAAAUCUUGGAAGAGAUCAGGCUAGAGGAUGAUGGCAGUAUGGAAAAUGAGCAGGAACAAGAACAAGAACAGGAAGAAGUGGAACAAAACUCAGAAAUGGAGGCCCAGCCUGAUAACAAUGGAUUGGAAUAUUAAGUUCCGAGUGUGUGAUGGAGACAGACUAUUGGGUGUGAUGGGAGGGAAUUAAUGGUGUGCAGACAGUGCAGGCUGGGCUGGUGACCCUCGGUUGUUCCGGCCGGUCAGGGUAUGCCAGCUUGACACCAUUCUCCUGAAUGCGCAUGUUAUCUUGGAACUGACAUGGAGACGUUUGUGGAAAGCGAAUGUUAGUUUAAUUAUCUACCCAGAUGGAACAUAGUGGCAUAGUCAUAAUGAUCAGGGGACAGGUGGACCAUUGUUACCGUUGCCGACGGUGUUGAUAGUCUUCAGAUCUAUCCUUGAUUACAAGAGUUCAUAUCCUUUCAGAAACAUGUCAUUAUGUUGGACGCACAGUACAAAAUUUGCGGGAUAAUUCUUGCUCUAUGAUACAGGACCAAAUGUAAUUUUGCAGGUCUUUUGCUCACAUGUUAAAAACACCUACACUUGCGGACCAGUUUACAGGAGAGUAUAUGUUGAUUAGUUUUUGUCAUGGUGCUUCUGUUCCCCUCAUCAAUGUUUCCUUUGUUGAACCCUUGUUUAUUUUUAGGAAGGCAACUGUCAAUCUGGCAGGAUUGAAAACCAGUCAUGGGAGACAACUCCUUGAACUUGUAAUUCUGAUACUUUUGAACAGUAUUCUGGAACAAUUUAUGAUCAAAUUAUGUGUAGAUAUGACACUGAUGAAUUCAUACAAUAAAAAUAUUUACAAAUUGAUUGGUAAUUGUUUCAUGAAUAAGAUAUUUCGAUUCGUAGCUGAUCCUCUAUGGGGCGGAUCCAUCUUUACCAUACACAAGACAUGUAUAGCAAUUGCUAAAUGAUUAAGUACAACGUAUAACUAUAUAUUAUGAAUCAAAAUGGCUGGCAUGUACAGAAAUGUAAAAAUGUCUGUAACCACCCAAGUAGUUUUACCCAGCCACGGCUGUAGAAAGGACAUUUUUACUGGAGCAAUUAUGGUAAAAUUAGCUAUUUUGUUAACAGAAGUUUGUCAUUCACAUCUUCAUGGUUUGUGCUAAAGGUGUUUAUGGGAUAAAAAUUGGCCUUAAAUCGUUAUUACUAUAUGCAGUCCGACAUGCCUUGGCUUCUGUCUGUUCUAUAUAUGUGACUGUACCAACGUUUAACCUGGACCAAAUUAAAGUAUUUUGUAUAUGUGUAUGUGAAAUAGGCUUCAUGGUAAUUUUUGUCCAUGUUCUUUAUGUCUGAACACACUUGGGCACAAGGAUACAAAUUUGUUCAUGAUAUCCUAUUUUAUCUGAGUCAGGGUAUUAAAACUUCUGGCAACCCUGGUAUGCCAUUGAGGCUGUAGAAGGGUUCCAUCAAGUCAUGCAAUGAAUAUUCUGGAGUGUUUGAAAAUAAUUUGAUAAAACAAAGAAUUGGGACCCUAUCUGCAGCCUUGAAGUCUGUUGACUAAGGAUAAAUAUGCCCCCUCCCCUCCUGUUGAUAAAUAGCUUGUCAUAAUCAGACAUCAUUCUGUCUUGGUGUAUCCGACAUGUUACAAAAAACUACUUUUACAAUCAGUUUCCUAUAAACAAGAAAAUGUUGGAUAUGGUGACUCAAUUGAGGGUCAGGAGGAGUGUGUUUGAUUUAUAAUUUAUUACAAUUGUUCAUGAUCAGCUCUAUGAAACAUAACCACAAAUUGCCUUGUCCUGACCCUGUGUAAUCUGAAAGAGAAGUUUGUGUUUCAGUCUCUAAUGAACAUAGUGGAAAUGUACAAAUACCUGUCUUCCCUUUCACUAGGAUUUGUUUAUUACUCACUACUUUGAAAUGAAGUCAUGCUAGCAUCUGUGUAUUGUGUGCAAAGAUUUCCAUCUAUUCACAUUUUGCAAAUGGCAGGAGCUAUUGUCUUAUAGUUAACCAGACUGAAUAAGCUUCUCAACCAUAUGUUCAGCCUAUUGUGUACGGCUUCUGCAGAAUUUGGUAACCGACAAUACUGGUAAUUAUUUUUGCAUAGGAAAUCUAGACAAUAUAUGGUGAGGAGUCUCAGCCUUGUACCUGAUCUCUGAUUAUUUUGUUUGUUCAGCAAAGUUUGUGAUAUCAGAACAUAUUUGUCCUUCAGUCUUUGCCAUUCACAAAUUUUUUAUCAACAUAUUUCCUGUCUUUAUUAUUAAAAUUCCUGUGUUGGACCAGUGCACGCAUUGUACAUCUUGGAUGAAGCAGGAUGGAUCAGAUGCUGUAUUCUACUAUAGCUUUGUUAUAUGUGCAUUUAUUGUUUGGUACAUAAUACUACUAGUAGUCUGAUAACCCGACUACACCAAAUCGCCAUAUACACUGAUAUCUUGGAUGUCGAUAAGCACGGCUUUGUAACAUUCAGUCAUUAUAUAAGAAAUAAAAUUACUCAAAUCAA